CAGCAGGGGCAGGGUGAGGGGGAAGCUUUCUUCCUCUGCUGUGUUUCUGUUAGGAGUCUUUGCUCAUGCUUGUCAUACCUGGGCAAUAAGAGGCGUCUGGCGGCGACAGAUUACAAAAGAAGUGACUGAGAGGAGGAAAAGACGGCUCUUCCUGGAUAAGGAGUUCUUCCUUGAUCCACAGGGAGGGGGUGGACGCAGGAAGGGAGGAAGUGGGACUCUGCUCAGUGUUGUCCAUGUGUGAGAGAGUUUGAAUGAGUGUGGGGGUUUCUGAAAACUCUACACCCCACCUGGUUGUUUGUGUUUGUACGCAGCCAGCACACAGGACUCUGAAUGGCUAACGUUAGCCCGUGUAUGUCCUCGGGGCCCAUGGCCCAGGUCUUCUUCCCUCCCGGGGGGUCUUCGCCUCCAGGCUCAGCUGUGAUGCAGCAGGGGACCCCCAUCUCUAUGCCGUCUGUGCCCUCUCAGGCUGGCUUCUCUGUCAUGGACAUGAUCCCUGGGCAGGGUCCUGUGAUGUCUUCGCUGCCCCCCACUCCAGCAGGGGUGUCCUUCAUCAUCCAGAUCGGCCUGACCAGAGAGUCCGUCCUCAUGCCGCAGACCGCUGACCUGGCCUAUGUCAAGCAAAUCGCGUGCUCCAUCGUAGACACCAAGUUCCCAGAGUGCGGCUUCUAUGGCAUUUAUGACAAAAUUCUGCUCUUCAAACAUGACACAUCAACAAACAACAUCCUGCAGCUGGUGAAAGGAGCCAGUGACAUUCAGGAGGGGGAUCUGGUGGAGGUGGUGCUCUCUGCUGCGGCCACAUUUGAAGAUUUCCAGAUACGGCCCCAUGCACUCAACGUUCACUCAUAUAGGGCCCCAGCUUUCUGUGAUCACUGUGGAGAGAUGCUGUUUGGGCUGGUCCGACAGGGACUCAAGUGUGACGGGUGUGGACUGAACUACCACAAACGCUGUGCAUUCAGCAUCCCCAACAACUGCAGCGGAGCGCGAAAACGGCGUCUGUCCACCACCUCGCUGAGCAGCAGCCAGUCGCUGCGUCUGUCCACCACAGAGUCGGUGUACAGCGUGGGGACGGCCUCCACCUGCUCAGAGGAGGCCAGCCUCGUCCGCUCACACACACAGAUGCCACGGACCCCCAGUGAGGCCAGACGAUUCUACACAGGUCGACCCGUUCAUUUGGACAAGAUCCUGAUGAGUAAGGUGAAGGUGCCCCACACGUUUGCUGUCCACUCAUACACACGACCGACGGUGUGUCAGUACUGCAAAAGGCUGCUCCGAGGACUCUUCAGGCAGGGCCUGCAGUGCAAAGACUGCAAGUUCAACUGUCAUAAACGCUGUGCAUAUAAGGUCCCUAAUGACUGCCUCGGGGAGACAAUCGGAGAAAACAGAAGUAACUGUGACAUGCUCAGCCCCAGCACAGACCCUGAGGUGCCAAUGGACUACAGCUCCGAGUACGACCCUGCAGACAAAUCAUCAAUGGACGACUCAGACGAGGCCUGCAGCAUCCCUGGCUCCUUCUCCCCUGACAACAUCCAGGAUGGCACCAGUGGAGACCAGAAUGCUAACAUCCCGCUGAUGAGAGUGGUGCAGUCAGUGAGACAAACAACACGUCGAUCCAGCACGGCUAUCAAGGAAGGAUGGAUGGUUCACUACAGCAAUAAGGACACACUGAGGAAGAGGCACUACUGGCGCCUGGACUGUAAGUGCAUCAUCCUCUUCCAGAACAACACCUCCAACAAGUACUACAAGGAAAUCCCUCUGUCUGAGAUUCUGGAGGUUAACCCUGCCUGUAACUUCGCCCUUGUCCCCACUGGCACAAACCCUCACUGCUUCGAACUCAUCACAGGCACCAUGUGUUAUUUUGUAGGGGAGGACCCAAACACUCUCCCACCUUUGUCCCCCAAAAAUACCCAGCCUCUCCCACCUCAAACCCCUCCUUCCCCCAGUCAAGUAGCUCCCAACAGCGGCAUUGGCCGUGAGGUGGCCAAGGCGUGGGAGACCGCCAUUCGCCAGGCACUCAUGCCGUCUAUAUUUCAGGAUGCACCAGCGGAGGGGAACACACCUCACAGACAAGCCUCUAUCAGCAUAUCAGUGUCCAACAGUCAAAUCCAAGAGAAUGUGGAUAUUGGUACAGUGUACCAGAUUUUUGCUGAUGAAGUGCUUGGAUCGGGACAGUUUGGAGUUGUGUAUGGAGGGAAGCACAGGAAAACAGGGCGGGAUGUAGCUGUCAAAGUCAUUGAUAAGCUUCGAUUUCCAACCAAGCAGGAGAGCCAGCUGAGAAACGAGGUGGCCAUACUGCAGAGUUUACGUCACCUGGGUAUCGUGAACCUGGAGUGCAUGUUUGAGACGCCAGAGAAAGUGUUUGUGGUGAUGGAGAAGCUGCACGGUGACAUGUUGGAGAUGAUCCUCUCCAGUGAGAAAGGCAGACUACCUGAGAGGCUCACUAAGUUCCUAAUCACGCAGAUUCUUGUAGCCCUGAGACAUCUGCACUUUAAGAACAUCGUUCAUUGUGACCUGAAACCAGAAAAUGUGCUGCUCGCCUCUGCGGAUCCCUUCCCCCAGGUGAAGCUUUGUGACUUUGGUUUUGCUCGCAUCAUCGGUGAGAAGUCUUUCCGCCGCUCUGUCGUAGGGACCCCAGCCUACCUGGCCCCGGAGGUUUUGCUGAACCAGGGCUACAAUCGCUCCUUAGACAUGUGGUCGGUGGGCGUCAUCAUGUAUGUCAGCCUCAGUGGGACGUUCCCAUUUAACGAGGAUGAAGACAUAAAUGACCAAAUCCACAAUGCAGCAUUCAUGUAUCCUCCCAAUCCCUGGAAACAGAUCUCCAGUGAUGCUAUUGACUUGAUCAACAACCUGCUGCAAGUCAAGAUGAGGAAACGCUACAGUGUGGACAAGAGUCUGAGCCACUCGUACUUACAGGACUACCAGACAUGGCUCGACCUGAGAGAGCUGGAGACAAAACUCGGCGGGCGUUACAUCACCCACGAGAGCGAUGACAGUCGCUGGCAAAUGUUUGCACACGAACAUAAUCUGCCUUACCCUGCUCACCUUGUGCCUCCUCCCCCUGCACCGGCCUCUGACGACGAGGAAGGUGGGGAGGAUGCAGAUGUACAAGGCCUCACGGAGAGAGUCAGCAUCCUCUGACACCAAGAGACAGAACUAAAGAUGACUCAAGCUCGUGUAGGAGGUAAAGAAGGAGGGAGAUGGUCCUCUACCUGAAGCCUGAAAGAGAUGUAAAGUUGGUUACAGUCAUGUGGGUUUCAUCAGGGUUGUGUCCAGCCAUUUAUUCCUUUGCAACAUCAACUGCUCAACUUUGCCUUAAUAAAUCAGUUUUCUCCUCCAGCCUGAGGUUAUCAAAAGUAAUUUUUUGAUCAUUUACCUCCUCAGAUAUAGCCCCCUCUUUUUUCUUCUGAAUUGCCAUCUUGAAAACUUCUUCUUAAGAAACAUCUGAAAUAAAAUAGUCAAUUUUAAAUGGCAAUUAGUCAUGCAUUAAAAUGCUGCGUGUUUCUUGAUACAAAAUUGAGGAAUACUUCUCCCUAACAAGCUAUAAUGAAGAUAAAUUGGUGUGUUUAUUAAGGCAUUUUCUGACAUAAAAUGGGUUUUAUUUUUGAAAAGAAACAGCACCCCACUCAAAGAGAAGUGACAUUAGUUUUAAGUGUUUUUUACUGCACUGACUGGACAAACAGUCUCCUUUGUCGUCAGUAAACACCUGUACAAUGUUUUUUUUUUGUUUGUUUUUUUGGUGAUGAAGGGCUCUAAGUGACAAAAGGCGUCCUCUCUGCUGGUAAUUACUGAUGUGCAGGCAUGGAGACAAACCCAUUCUGUAUACACAAAUGCAUUCUCAUUAAUGAAAGCCCUGUCCUGAAAACUGGAACUAUUGAUCCGGUGACAGCAAAUCCUCCUGUAAUUAUGGCUAGUUUUAAACCACAGUAGACUCUUUGGAAACAUAUGUGAUUAGAGACAUCAUUGUGGGUUUAAAUGAACUCUAGUUUUGGGCCUAACAUCAUCAGCCACACUGACUGCUGCUGAAAGCUGAAAAUUGCUUCUAUUAUGUUGCCCACUCUAUAAAGCAUCUCUGAAAGCAUAUUUAAACUGUGAGUAACACUUACUCACAGUUACUAUUUAUUAGAUUCAAAUACUGAUACCUAAAUGGCAGGUAAAUGGAUUCCUUUUUUAAACAUGUUCUUGUUUAUUGUGUAGAAGAGCAGACCUCUCCCUAUAAUGUAAGUGCAUAGAUGGACAGCUUGGGUUACUAAACUAGAUGUGGAGAGUGUAAGUAGUUUGAUUAUUGUCAAUAUGUUGCAUGUUUCUGUGAAGUAGUAUUAUUUAGAUACAUUUGAAACAUACUGUAGUUAUGAUGGUUCAUUACAUGUGUAUAACCUGAGGCUCAUGUAGUUGUUUAAUAAACACAAACUAUGUACAACAUGUUUGAAGAAGAAUCCUAGCCUUUGU